ACGGUUCGGUUUUACGACGAAUACAGAAUCCUAUUGGUUAGUGCCUGGUGAGGGUGGUCGACCUUGAUUUGUUUGAUAUUUCUUGAUAAUAAUAUGAACCUAUUUUCGGAGUGUGCGCACAAAACGUAUUUUUUAAUUGUUUAACAAGGUGAUAGAAGUGUGGUUAAUUCUUCAGUAAUUGUAAACAUAAUUAUUGCAGCCCAUAUUGAGUUAAAUUAAAAUGUCGGGAAUAACGAAAACCUUUCUUGUGUUGAAUAUUAAAACAAUAUCUGGUAUUUCUAAGUCAAAUUCUUACACAAAGUUUAUAGGCUGUUCCUACAGUACUGCCUCCAAUAAAAGUAAAAUAUUCUCUAAUUUGAAUGAAGCAGUUAGUGAUAUUAAAGAUGGUUCAAAGUUACUUGUAGGAGGGUUUGGUUUGUGUGGAAUCCCAGAAAAUCUUAUUAAAGCAAUAAAUGACAAAAAAGUAUCUGGACUAACUAUUGUAUCUAAUAACGCUGGAGUUGAUAAUUUUGGACUAGGUGUAUUGUUAAAAAGUAAACAAGUGAAGCGAAUGAUAUCAUCCUAUGUUGGUGAAAAUGCUGAAUUUGAAAGACAAUUCCUUAGUGGAGAAUUAGAAGUAGAACUUACUCCACAAGGAACACUGGCAGAGAGAAUAAGGGCAGGUGGAGCUGGUAUACCAGCGUUCUUUACUCCAACAGGCUAUGGUACACUUAUUCACGAAGGCGGCUCACCAAUUAAAUAUACUAAGGAUGGGAAGAUCGAAAUACCAAGCGCGCCACGUGCAACACAACAAUUUAACGGCAUUAACUAUAUAAUGGAAGAAGCGAUAACCGGUGACUUUGCUUUAGUCAAAGCAUGGAAGGCAGACAGACAUGGAAAUCUCGUCUUCAGAAAAACCGCUCGUAACUUUAACCCAACAAUGGCUAGAGCUGCGAAAAUAACAAUUGCAGAAGUCGAAGAGAUCGUUGACGAAAUUGACCCUAAUUCCGUUCACACACCCUCGAUUUAUGUCCAUAGAAUCGUUUUGGGCGAGAAAUAUGAGAAACGUAUAGAAAGACAAACAGUGGCUAAGAACAAGGAGAGCAAAGAGAAGAAACCAUCGGAUUUAGUAAGGGAAAGGAUUAUAAAGAGAGCUGCUUUGGAGUUCAAAGAUGGGAUGCAUGCUAAUCUUGGUAUUGGUAUGCCAAUGUUAGCAAGUAGCUUCAUUCCAAGCAAUAUCAAUGUGCUGUUGCAAUCGGAGAAUGGUAUAUUAGGCCUUGGGCCCUACCCUACAGAAGAUGAAAUCGAUCCCGAUCUUAUUAAUGCUGGCAAAGAAACAGUCACCGUCCUUCCAGGCGCAUCAUAUUUCUCAUCGGACGACAGUUUUGCUAUGAUACGUGGUGGUCACGUGGAAUUAACGAUGUUGGGAGCGAUGCAAGUCUCGCAGUAUGGUGACUUGGCUAAUUGGAUGAUACCUGGUAAAAUGGUGAAAGGAAUGGGUGGUGCGAUGGACCUGGUGUCAUCACCAGGAACGAAAGUUGUGGUCACAAUGGAACACUCGGCGAAGAAUGGCGGACACAAAAUUGUACCCGAAUGCACACUACCGCUCACUGGCAAACAUUGCGUCGAUGUGAUCAUUACAGAAAAGUGCGUCAUGGAAGUUGAUAAGGAAAAGGGAUUGAUUCUUACCGAACUUGCCGAAGGUGUCAAAGUUGAAGACAUUGUUGCCAGUGUGGGCUGUGAGUUUAAUGUAUCAACCAAUCUCAAGAAAAUGGGCGAUAUCACUCAAAUGGAUAAACAAUAAUUCAUUUAUAACGCCAAAUAUAUCAGUAACUGUAAUUAUCUAAGAAAAAGUUAGAGUUUCUGAAUGAAUAUUUUUCAGGUGCUUUUAAAUUGCCAAAAUAUUUUAGGAAGAAAAUGUUUGACAUGUUAUCGUAAGUUAGAACCCACGAAAUGGCGUUUGGUUCCUUGAGAAGGUCGCACUGUAGCACUAGACAUGUAGGACAUUUUUUGAGAUAAUUAUUACAUUUAAUGAAUUUACUGAGUCUCUAAUAUAUACAAUUUAUUUUUAAAUCUAUACCUAAAAAUAAGUGUAUGUUUUAUAUUCUUUU